AUGGAUUCUUUUAUCAAAUCCGCAAGCUCGUUCUUUGAUAGGCCAGGACUCAAUUGGAAGGCCAUUAUUUUGGGCUUUACUGCCGCCAGUUUCUGUUUUGAUUCGUAUUUGAAAUACAGACAGAUCAAGAAGGUGGCAAGCGUGAAGGAGGUUCCUCUUCAAAUAAAGGGCAAAAUCGACAAUGAUACCUUGUUGAAGUCUACUAGCUAUUCUUUGACCAAAUCCAAGUUCACCUUGGUCACUUCGUUCUAUUCUCUUGUUCAAAACGUUCUGUUCUUCAAGUUUGAUAUCUUGCCAAAGCUGUGGUCAGGAGCCUCGUGGUUGGCUACCUCUUCGAUCGUUCCAGCUGUUUUGUCCGGAUCAAUUAUCACGAAAUCGUUGUUUUUUGUCGGACAGAUGUCCUUGAUCUCGUUCUUUUUGAAUUUGCCAACUGAUUGGUACUUCAACUUUGUCAUUGAAGAGAAGUACGGAUUCAACAAACUCACUUACAAGCUCUGGUUCACCGACUCUUUGAAGGAAUUGGCCGUCAUGGCAGCUUUCGGAGGUCCAAUUCUUGCUGGAUUCUUGAAGAUUAUCGACUAUUUCGGCGACAAGUUCAUGUAUUACUUGUCUGUGUUCCUGUUCUUUGUUCAAAUCUUUAUGAUUAUUGUCUAUCCAAAAUUCAUCCAGCCAUUGUUCAACAAGGUCGAGCCGCUGGAAGACGGCGAGCUCAAGUUGCAGAUUGAAAAACUGGCCCAGAAGAACAAGUUCCCGUUGGACAAAGUCCUUGUUAUAGACGGUUCCAAGAGAUCUUCGCAUUCCAACGCUUACUUCCUUGGUCUGCCAUGGGGUUCGAAGCAAAUUGUCAUUUACGAUACUUUGAUUGCAUCUUCCAAGAUCGAGGAGGUUGUUGCUGUUCUGGGACACGAGAUCGGCCAUUGGGCUCUGUCUCACACAACCAAGAUGUUGGCCAUCAACCAGAUCCACAUCUUUGGAAUCUUCACCAUGUUUGCAGCUUUCGUCAACAACAAGUCUUUGUACCAGAGUCUCGGAUUCUUUAAGGAACAGCCUAUUAUUGUUGGUUUCUUGCUGUUUGGUGACAUUCUUAAGCCUGUUGACACUGUUCUUGAGUUUGCCAUGAAUUUGCUUUCCAGAAAACACGAGUACGAGGCCGACAAGUUUGCUGCAGAGCUUGGCUACUCCGAGGAACUCAAGGCCGCUUUGAUUGAGCUGCACAAGGGGAACCUCAGCUCUUUGGACGUCGACUGGCUCUACUCUGCCUAUACCUACAGCCACCCUCACUUGAUCGAAAGACUCAACCACAUUGACCAGGUGGAAAAGGAAAACCCUCACAAGAAACUGGAUUAG